CAAAUGGCGCACGGCAGUCUCGCGAUCCGUGUUGGCGGGCAAAGUCGCUCGCCUCGAAAAGCGCGGGAAUCUUGUGAAGUGUUUUUUUUUUAAUUCGAUUACGUGAAGUUACGAAAAAGAUUUCAAAAUGUCUCCAAAGAAAGGAACGGAAGAAUGCGACAAGGAAGCUCUGAAGAUUGAAGCGCCUGAAGAAGGGGAAAAAGAUGGCGGCGCAUUGGAAGCUAAAAUGUCGCUACUUAAUGGAAUCACUGUUAUUGUUGGUUCUAUUAUUGGUAGCGGCAUUUUUGUGUCCCCCACUGGAGUACUGAAGCACACAGGAUCUGUCAAUGCUAGUCUUCUUGUAUGGAUUGCUUCUGGAAUAUUCAGUAUGAUCGGUGCAUACUGCUACGCGGAGUUGGGUACAAUGAUAAAACUGAGUGGCGCAGACUACGCAUACAUCAUGGAGACUUUUGGACCUUUUGCGGCCUUCAUCCGUCUCUGGAUAGAGUGCAUGAUAGUCCGGCCCUGCUCACAGGCAAUAGUCGCACUGACGUUCAGUGUAUACGUACUGAAGCCGAUAUUCCCGGAGUGCGACCCGCCAGAGGACGCUACUAGACUGUUAGCGGCGUGUUGCAUAUUACUGCUGACGUUUGUAAACUGCUGGUCGGUGCGCGCGGCGACCCGCGUCCAAGAUUGGUUCACUUACGCCAAGCUGCUUGCUCUCUUCAUCAUCAUUGCUGCCGGUGUCUACCAGCUCUGCAGGGGAAAAGUGGAACACUUCACGUUUGAAGGUACUACGAAUGACGUCACAUCUAUCGCUCUCUCUUUCUAUUCUGGAUUAUUCGCAUAUAAUGGAUGGAACUACCUGAAUUUCAUCAUCGAAGAGCUAAAGGACCCGGUGAAGAACUUGCCCCGAGCUAUCGCCAUCUCUGUCGCACUCGUGACCAUCGUCUAUACGUUCACGAAUGUUGCCUUCUACACUACUCUCUCACCUUCUGAGGUGUUAGGGUCAGCAGCCGUGGCGGUGACGUUCGCCGAACGUUUGUUCGGUUGGUUCGCGCUCUGCAUCCCGUUGUUCGUCGCCGCAUCAACGUUCGGUGCUGUUAAUGGCGUGCUCCUUACAUCUUCCAGGUUGUUCUACGCGGGCGCGGCUCAGGGGCAGAUGCCGAGCGCCCUCACCAUGGUGUCGGCGCGCGCCACGCCGGCGCACGCCGUGCUCGCCGUCGCGCUGCUCUCGCUGCUCUACCUCACUGUCUCUGAUAUAUACGCACUUAUCAACUACGUAGGAUUCGCUACUUGGCUAAGUAUCGGCGCGGCCGUGCUGUGUCUGCCGGUACUUCGGUACACAAGACCGGAAUUAGAGCGUCCCAUUAGAGUCAACCUGUUCUUCCCUGGUGAGUUGAACGUAAACUUAAUUCUAUCGCCGUAAAAAACACAUUAAAUA